AUUAAUAAAAACAACGAGGACUUACCAUUAAUGUUUCGUAAUUAGCAAGAUAUAAAAACGAACAUUCUGUUAAUCUACUUCCUUAUUAAUAAGUAAUACAUACUCAAAUCAAAAUCUUUUUUUUAAUGGAUAAUAACGAUAACUGUGAAAAUGAUGAAGAAAAAUGCGGAUUUAUUCCAGCUUUUAAUUGGAAACGAUUACCACAAAAACAAUAUUUAAUUAAUAAAAACCAAAAAUUUGAAAAUGUUGGUGAUGAGAAAAUCCUUUUUCCAAAUUGCGACCCGGAAAUAUGGUUAAGAUCGUGCGAAAAUGAAAUCUUAACACCUUUGCCAUCAAAAUUUUCUUCUGGUACAAUCCCAAAGUGGCUAGAAGGUACUCUAAUAAGAAACGGCCCCGGAAGUCUUAAAGUUGGAAAGUACACCUAUAAUCAUCUUUUUGAUAGUUUCGCUUUAUUACAUAGAUUUAGUAUUAAAUCUGGAAAUGUUACCUAUCAAUGUCGAUUUGUACAAUCGGAUGUUUAUAAAAGAAAUAUUACAGCCCAAAGAAUUGUUUUCACUGAAUUUGGGACUAAAGCUAUUCCAGAUCCAUGUCAAACUAUUUUUAAUAGGGUGUCUUCUGCAUUUAACAUUAAAAAUAAAAGUGAUAACGCAAUGAUUUCGGUUUAUCCAUUUGGUGACGAAUUAUAUGCAUUUGCUGAAACUGGAAUUAUGUUUAAAAUUAAUCCAGAUGAUUUAUCAACGGAGAAAAAAGUUGAUUUAAAUGACUUACUAAUGGUAGUUAAUCAUACUUCACAUCCCAUAAUAAAUCAAGAUGGGAGUGCAUUUAAUCUUGGUUUACAAAUAACACCAACUGGACCGGUUCAUUGUAUCAUUAAUUUUCCUAAACAUCGUGAAAAUAACAAUACUAAUGAGCCUAAAAUAAGAAUUAUCGCUUCUAUACCAGCAAAAUGGCCUUUAAAUCCAUCUUAUAUGCAUUCAUUUGGAAUGACCGAAAAUUAUUUUAUAUUAGUUGAACAACCUUUAUGCGUCUCAGUUAUAGAUUUAGUGAAAUGUAAAUUUAAAAACCAACCCUUUAUUGGUGCUUUAAAAUGGUUUUAUGAUGAAAAAGUCAAAUUUACAAUUUUAUCAAAAAAAUCUGGAAAAUUAGUUUACGAAUUUUAUUCAGAUCCAUUUUUCUAUCUUCACAUAAUAAAUCAAUACGAAUCAUCCAAUCAAAUAAUAAUUGAUAUUUGUGCUUACCAAGACCCAAAAAUGUUGGAGUGUAUGUAUAUUGAUGCGAUGAAAAACUUAAAUAAAAACCCGGAUUAUGCGACCAUGUUUCGAGGACGACCGAUUCGAUUCGUUUUGCCAUUGAUAAAACCAUCAAAUGUGAAAAAUAAAAAUGAAAAUUUGGUUACGAUUGGUUGUUGUAACGCGAAAGCUUUUAAAAGGGAUGGUAACAUUUUUGUCGAACCUGAACGAUUAGUUAAUUUAGGAUGUGAAACACCCAGAAUUAAUUAUGAAAAUUAUUUUGGAAAAGAUUACAAGUACUUCUAUGGUAUUAGCUCAGACGUUGAUAAUUUUAAUCCUGGAACGUUGAUUAAAGUUAAUGUUAAAACGAAAUCGACAAAAAUAUGGGCGGAAAAAAAUUGUUAUCCAAGCGAACCUAUAUUUGUACCAUCACAUAAUUCAACGUCUGAAGAUGAUGGAGUUCUUUUAUCUUCAUUGUUAUGGGGAGGAAAAAAUGAUUCUAAUCGUGUUGGAUUACUUAUUUUAGAUGCCAAAACUAUGCAGGAAAUAGCUAAGGUUGAAUUUCAUACCGAAACGCCAAUUCCAAAGUGUUUACAUGGAUGGUUCAUCUCGAAAAAUUAAAUAAUUCGAAUAAUUUCAAAAUUUCAAAAUGUUAAAUAAU